AUGACAACAUCUUGUACAUUAAAAGAAUUUGAAUUACUCGAUGGUACAUCAACACAAAAAUUAUUUAUCCAUCUAACACCAAUAAUAAUUAGUGUUGGAUUACUUGGAAAUAUUCUUACAAUAUGUGUUUUCAUUAUGACAGAUCUUAAAAGACAAUCUGUAUCAAUUUUAACUAUUGCAUUAGCUAUUGUCGAUUCAUUAGUACUUCUUAUACCUGUUUCACUUUUAUGGCUUGAAACUCUAUUAAAACGAGAAUUAACAGAUGCAUCACCAUUCUGGUGUCGAACACAUGGUUUUUUUGACUUAGCUUUUACAUGUUGUUCAAGUUGGCUUAUGGUUUGUAUUGCAUUUGAACGAUUUUGUGCUGUAUGGUUACCACAUCAUAAUAAAAUAUUAUUUACCCAUCGAAAAAUCUUUUUUCUUGUACUUGGAAUACUUUUUAUAUCGACAAUCUUAUCUACAUGGUUUAUAUUUGUUGUUAAAAUAGUUAUUAAAACUCGAGCACCGAAUUUAACAUAUACAUCAACAAUUAAAAAUUCUUUAAAAAAUACAUCAGAAAAUUUUCUUAGUUGGCAACCAUUGCAAACAUCUUCAGACAAUCAUACAUUAAUACAUUAUUCUAAAUGUGGUGUUUAUGAUGAUAGUCUUUAUGAUACAAUGGGAAUGGUAUCAGUUGUAAUAAAUUAUUUUCUUCCUUUCAUUUUUGUAUUAUUAUUAAAUUCAACUGUUAUUUAUCGUUUAUGUCAACGUGGUAUUGUUGAAUUAACAUCAUCAAUAACAGUUACAUUAACACUUGUUUGUCUUGUUCAUUUACUGUGUACAUUACCAUUUCAAUGUUGGUGGAUUUAUUAUGAAGCACUCGAUCAAACCGGUGAUUGUCUAUGGUUAAAAAAUAAAUUAACAUGGCGUACAAUAACAUUUACAAUACGAAAUAUAAAUUAUAUGGCAAAUUUUUUUCUUUAUUCAUGUUCAUCAAAAUUAUUUCGUGAUGAAUUAAAAGGUUUAGUUUUUUUAUGUUUAUUACCACAUGAAAAAUAUCAAAGUUAUCAUUAUCGACGGCAAUCAUUAUAUGAUAAUAUGCAACAACAAAACGUUUCAAUCAUGCGUCUUAUUAUGAGACGAUUAAGUCGAACACCUGAAUAUACAAAUGGUGGUGUUAUUGUUAAUCCGGUUGGUGCUGCAGUUGCCGAUGAAAGUCCUGUUGCUAAUCUUUAG